GUAAUCGUACAGGUGUCCAUGUGAGAUGCCUUAACCCUCUCUCUCAGUGUAUCUCUCACACGAUAUAUUGAGGCUAGAAAAGGAGUGAAAAGUGUCGAGAGAGAGAGAGAGAGAGAGAGAGAGAGAGAGAGAGAGAAAGAGAAAGGAGAGAGGAAACAAAGAGAUUCAUGUGAUUGCGGUUGUUGUUUUUGGUGGGUGGAGGUGGUGAUGAGUUUCUUCUUCUUUCUUUCUUUCAUUCAGUGACAUUCUUAUCUUCUUCGUAGUUGUUUGAGUUUCAUUGUCAAUUGACGAGACUGAGAGGUAGGUACUCAGAGCUGGAUCUGGGUUUCAGCUUCGGGAAAAUGAAGGUUCAGUACCAGAGCUUUGUCUUUCAGACUCAAAGAAGAGGAGCUCUUGCUGGGCUUUUUCUUAUUCUGUUUCCUGUUUUCUUGCCUUGUUUGUUUACUCCCUUCAGCCAUGCUUCGCCUUCCUUGUUCUCGGAAUGGAAUACUCCUAAACCUAGGCACUUGCCACUUCUUAAGAGCGCUUUACAUCGUCAAAGUUCAGAUUCAGAGCAGUCUGAUCUCUGGAUGCCUUUGGCUGACCAAGGAUGGAGACCAUUCGUCCAGUCUAAAGAUGCCUCCUCAGUACCAGAGAAAUCUGAGGGAUACCUGCAGGUAUUUCUAGAUGGGGGUUUAAACCAGCAGAGAAUGGGGAUAUGCGAUGCAGUUGCAGUUGCUAAGAUACUGAAUGCAACUCUUGUGAUCCCCUAUCUUGAAGUGAAUCCUGUAUGGCAAGAUUCAAGUUCAUUCGUGGAUAUAUUUGAUGUGGAUCACUUUGUUAAUGUACUGAAGGAUGAUAUUUCUAUAGUUAAAGAACUGCCUGCUGAAUUCUCAUGGAGCACAAGAGAGUAUUAUGCCACCGCGAUCCGAGCUACCAGAAUUAAAACAGCACCUGUACAUGCUUCUGCCAAUUGGUAUCUAGAGAACGUGUUGCCUGUUCUGCAGAGGUUGAUCUUUUUUCCUUACUCUUUUGUGUUUCCGGUCCUCAAUUCCCAGUUCACUGAUGAAGAAUUGCGAAGUCAGGGGCGUUGCCCACUGACUCCAGAAGAGAUAGGAUUGCUCCUAGCAGCCCUGGGUUUUGACAACUGUACUCGCCUUUAUCUUGCCUCUCACAAGGUGUAUGGAGGGGAAGCUAGAAUUUCAACUUUAAGAAAAUUGUUUCCACUAAUGGAGGACAAAAAGAGCCUUGCCUCUUCGGAGGAACGUGCCCGCAUCAAAGGAAAAGCUUCUUUGCUAGCUGCAGUUGACUACUAUGUUGGCAUGCACAGUGAUAUCUUUGUCUCUGCUUCUCCAGGAAAUAUGCACAAUGCAUUGGUGGGACAUCGAACUUACGAAAACUUGAAGACAAUAAGGCCAAAUAUGGCCUUAUCGGGGCAACUCUUCCUGAACAAAAGCAUUACUUGGAGCGAGUUUCAGCGAGCAGUUGUUGAAGGGCAUGAAAGUAGACAAGGGCUGAUCAGGUUAAGGAAGCCAAAACAAUCCCUUUACACGUAUCCUGCUCCGGAUUGCAUGUGCGGUGUUUAAGGGAUUGCAUGUGCAGUGUUUAAGACGACUAUAAUAUACUUAGAUUCAGAGCAUAUGAGAUUAGUUUUCAAUUGAUUGUGUGCACGUGUUUGCGGUUGAUAAUACGAUACUAUAAUAAAUAAACGGCAAUCCCAUGUCUCCAUUGUUGUAACAAUUUCUGUAGCAUUGUUAGUGUAUUGAAGCAGAGUGGAAGUACGGAUGGAGAAUAUGAGAUUGAUUUGUCAAAAAUAUCUCAAGAUUUAUGCGACUGCAUUUUUAUUUGUUAGACAGAA